UCAGCCAUUUUUUAUGUAAGGGGAUUUUUUUUCUUAUUGGGGGGGUUGUUAAAAAAUAAAUAUAAGAGGGCGGCCAUCUUUGUUGCUCAGCCUUAGUGUAAAAUAUUCCAAAACGCCCCCCUACUUUUCUCCCGUGCCGAUUUGAAUAUUAAAUAAAUAACACUCCAUCCGCUGCAAGAAUUACGGCUUCGUUGUUUUGUGUUUCAUUUUUUAUUUUUAUUUUUUUAAAACACUGAACACAAGGACGGAGCCGCCAAUGACAGCAGGAAUAUAAUAAUGUCCUCUCCUCUCCGCUCCUGCGAGGAAGACGAGGGCAUGGUGGUUAAUUCCGAGGGAGGAGAUUUUGAUGAAGAAGACAACGAGGACGACGGAGAGCUGGACGAGAACGCAAGCGACAUAAACUCGCCGGCGGCGCCUCGGGAAACUGCAACACCACCAGCCGCGCCAGACGAAGACCCAGAGAUAUCGGACCGAGAGGUCCCGUGCAAGAAGAAAGGCCGGCCCAAGAAGAAGAAGGACACAAAGAAGAAAGAGAAAGAGGGGAAACCUGUCAAAACAAAGAAACGCAAGAAGAUUGACAGCGAUGUAGAGCGAAUCUCAGACAGAGAAAGAGACUAUGGUGAAAACUCAGACAGCAUCGUCAGUGAUUAUGGCUCUGGCGAGAAAAAGAAAAAGAAGAAACACAAAGAAAGGAAGGAGAAGAAAACCAAGAAAAAGAAAAAAGAUGACGGGGACCGAGACAGUAGCCAGGAGGAAACGACGAAACAGCCGAUAGAGCAGAAGACGUCUGCCCAGCUGGCAAAGGAGUGGGGCCUGGAGGAUGUUGAUCAUACCUUCACAGAAGACGACUACAGGGAGCUCACAAAUUACAAAGCCUUCAGCCAGUUUAUGAGGCCGAUGAUAGCCAAGAAGAACCCGAAGAUCCCCAUGUCGAAGAUGAUGACCAUCCUGGGGGCCAAGUGGAGGGAGUUCAGCUCCAACAACCCCUUCAAAGGCAACGCCGCUGCCGUCGCAGCCGCUGCCGCCGCCGCCGCCAUCGCUGUCGCCGAGCAGGUCUCUGCAGCGACCGCCUCGCCCGAGCCGCCGCCUCAGCCGCCGCCCAUUAGAAAGGCCAAGACGAAAGAGGGCAAAGGUCCAGGAUAUAAAAAGCGCAGUAAAAGUCCUAGAGUGCCUGACAAGAAGAAAGCCCUAUCUAAAGCUAAAAAGAUGGCUCCCAUCCGUAUUAAACUAUUACCAAUAGCUGGGAAGAGGAAGAAGAGCUGCUCUAGCGACGACAUGGAUGAGGAAGAGUCAGAGCAGGAGGACUCCAGCGUUCACAGCUCCUCCGUUCGCUCCGACAGCUCCGGCCGAGUGAAAAAGAACAAGCGGGGACGGCCUGCCAAGAAGAAGAAGAAAGAUAAGAUUCCAGGUGAGGAAGAAGGCGACGGCUAUGAGACGGAUCACCAGGACUACUGUGAGGUGUGUCAGCAGGGCGGAGAGAUCAUCCUGUGCGACACCUGUCCUCGAGCGUACCACCUCGUGUGCCUCGAGCCUGAGCUGGACAAGGCCCCCGAGGGCAAGUGGAGCUGCCCGCAUUGUGAAAAAGAGGGAAUCCAAUGGGAGGCGAAAGACGAAGACUUUGAGGACUUCGAGGAGGACAGCGAGGACAGAGUGAUAUCCGAGGUCAGCAUCGGGGUUCCCACCGGCGCAGAGGAGGAGGAGGACGACCACAUGGAGUUCUGUCGGGUGUGCAAGGACGGCGGCGAACUGUUGUGCUGCGACACGUGCACGUCCUCCUACCACAUUCACUGUCUGAACCCUCCGCUGCCCGAGAUCCCCAACGGAGAGUGGCUCUGUCCGCGAUGCACGUGCCCGCCAAUCAAAGGAAGGGUCCAGAAGAUACUCCACUGGAGGUGGGGCGAGCCUCCUCCUCCCAUUCCUGUCCCGCUGCCCCCUGACGCUCCUCCCGAUGCCCCUCCACUGCCGCCCAUGAAGGGCAGAGCUGAGAGGGAGUUUUUUGUCAAGCUAACCAGCCAGUCGUACUGGCACUGCACCUGGAUCACCGAGCUGCAGCUGGAGAUCUUCCACUCGGUGAUGUACAGAAACUACCAGAGGAAGACCGACAUGGACGAGCCCCCCAGCCUGGACUACGGAUCGGGCGCAGAGGACGAGAACGGAGUGUGCAAGAGCGAGAAGAGGCGGGCCAAAGAUCCCCACUACGCCCUGCUGGAAGACAAAUACUACAAAUACGGCAUCAAGCCCGAGUGGAUGAUGAUUCACCGCAUCAUAAACCACAGCGUGGAUAAAAAGGGGAUGUACCACUACUUGGUAAAGUGGAAAGAUCUGACCUAUGACCAGUGCACCUGGGAGAGAGAUGACAUGGAUGUACCCGACUUUGAACUCCACAAGACCAACUACUGGAGACACAGGGACAACAUCUUGAAGGAAGACCCCGAUAAACCCAGGAAAAUGAUGAGCAAGGAGGGAGACGGUGAAGAGGAGGAGUCUCUUCCCUCCCCACUCACAGAUCCGACGAUCAAAUACGAGGAGCAGCCCGACUUCGUCACGGCGACAGGCGGCACCCUGCACCUCUACCAGCUGGAGGGCCUCAACUGGCUGCGCUUCUCCUGGGCUCAGGGCACCGACACCAUCCUGGCAGAUGAAAUGGGUUUGGGCAAAACCAUCCAGACAAUCGUCUUUCUCUAUUCACUGUUCAAGGAGGGCCACACUAAGGGUCCUUUCCUGGUCAGUGCGCCCCUCUCCACUAUUAUAAACUGGGAGAGGGAGUUCGAGAUGUGGGCGCCCGAUUUUUACGUGGUGACGUACACGGGAGACAAAGACAGCCGGGCCAUCAUCAGAGAGAACGAGUUCACGUUCGACGACUCCAUCAAAACCGGAAAGAAGGCCUUCAAACUCAGGCGCGAGGCUCCCAUUAAAUUUCACGUCCUUCUGACCUCCUAUGAGUUGGUGACCAUCGAUCAGACGGCGCUCAAGUCCAUCGAGUGGGCGUGUCUGGUGGUGGACGAGGCUCACCGCCUCAAAAACAACCAGUCCAAGUUCUUCAGGCGUUUAAAUGACUACAAAAUUGACUACAAGCUGCUGCUGACUGGAACUCCUCUGCAGAACAACCUCGAAGAGUUGUUUCACCUCCUCAACUUCCUCACCCCGAAUCGCUUCAACAACCUGGAGGGCUUCCUGGAAGAGUUCGCCGACAUCUCCAAAGAGGACCAGAUCAAGAAGCUCCACGACCUGCUGGGGCCUCACAUGCUGCGGAGGCUCAAGGCCGACGUGUUUAAGAACAUGCCGGCUAAGACCGAGCUGAUUGUCAGAGUGGAGCUGAGCCCCAUGCAGAAGAAAUACUACAAGUUGAUUUUGACCAAGAACUUCGAGGCUCUGAACUCGAAAGGCGGAGGAAACCAGGUGUCUCUGCUCAACAUCAUGAUGGACCUGAAGAAGUGCUGCAACCACCCGUACCUCUUCCCUGUCGCCUCCAUGGAAGCCCAGAAAACACCCAGCGGGGCGUACGAAGGCUCGGCCCUCACCAAGGCCUCUGGGAAGCUGACGUUGCUGCAGAAGAUGCUGAGGAAGCUGAAAGAUCAGGGGCAUCGAGUUCUGGUCUUCUCACAGAUGACUAAAAUGCUGGAUUUAUUAGAAGAUUUUUUGGACUAUGAGGGUUACAAGUACGAGAGGAUUGAUGGAGGCAUCACAGGCGCACUGAGACAAGAGGCCAUCGACAGAUUCAACGCUCCCGGAGCGUGUCAGUUUUGCUUCUUGCUCUCCACCAGAGCUGGAGGUCUGGGCAUAAACCUGGCUACGGCCGACACGGUCAUCAUCUUCGACUCUGACUGGAACCCCCACAAUGACAUUCAGGCGUUCAGCAGAGCUCAUCGCAUCGGGCAAGCCAACAAGGUGAUGAUCUACCGCUUUGUGACGCGAGCCAGCGUGGAGGAGCGCAUCACCCAGGUAGCCAAAAGGAAGAUGAUGCUGACCCACCUGGUGGUGCGGCCAGGUCUGGGAUCCAAGGCCGGCUCCAUGACGAAGCAAGAGCUGGAUGACAUCCUCAAGUUUGGGACGGAGGAGCUCUUCAAGGAUGAAGGAGAAGGUAUGAAGAAUAACUCUCGGGACAAAGUUGAGGAUGAGGGCAGCGUCAUUCACUACGACAGCACCGCCAUCGAGAGGCUGCUGGAUCGCAGCCAAGACGCCACGGACGACUCGGACGUCCAGAACAUGAACGAGUACCUGAGCUCCUUUAAGGUUGCCCAGUACAUGGUCCGAGAGGAGGACAAGAUUGAGGAGAUCGAGCGGGAGAUCAUCAAGCAGGAGGAGAACGUGGACCCGGAUUACUGGGAGAAGCUGCUGCGGCAUCACUACGAGCAGCAGCAGGAGGACCUGGCCAGCAAGCUAGGUAAAGGGAAGAGGAACCGCAAGCCUGUGAACUACAACGACGCUGCGCAGGAAGACCAAGAGUGGCAUGCUGACAUUUCAGAUAACCAGUCCGAAUACUCCGUGGGCUCCGAGGAGGAGGAUGAGGACUUCGACGAUCGGCCAGAAGGUCGGAGGCAGUCACGUCGCCAGCUGAGGAAUGAGAAAGAUAAACCUCUGCCUCCUCUUCUGGCCAGAGUGGGAGGCAACAUAGAGGUUCUUGGUUUCAACACACGGCAGCGCAAAGCUUUCCUGAACGCGGUGAUGCGUUGGGGUAUGCCGUCUCAGGACGCGUUCUCAUCUCAGUGGCUCGUUAGGGACCUCAGGGGAAAAACUGAGAAGGAAUUCAAAGCUUACGUGUCUCUCUUCAUGCGUCACCUGUGCGAGCCGGUCGCCGACGGGGCCGAGACGUUUGCCGACGGCGUCCCCAGGGAGGGCUUGUGUCGGCAGCUCGUCCUGACGCGUAUUGGCGUCAUGUCUCUGGUCAAGAAGAAGAUCCAAGAGUUUGAGCACAUCAACGGACGGUGGAGCCUUCCGGAGCUCAAACCCGAGGUCACCGUUGACAAAUCGUCCUCGCGGGCCUCCUCUCCCGCCGCUAAGACAGCGACUCCCACACCCGACGCAAGCUUCAACAACACGCCAUGCACCUCGAAGCCAGCGACUCCUGCUCCAUCAGAGAGACUGGAGAAGAACGGGAAGGAGGGCGAAAAGGAGGAGGAGAAGGGGGACGCUGAUGCCUCUGCGGAAAAGGAGAAAGUGAAGGAGAAGGAGCAACAGAGAGAAGUGGAUGGCAACAAGACCGGCGACGCUGAGGAGCUUUCAUUCUCAACAAAAGAAUCGUCGCAGAAGGCAUCUCCAAGUCAAAAGAUGGACGGCAAAGAAGAGAGUACCACCAAAGAGGAUGACAUGGAGGAAUCGACCGAGUCUUCAGCCGCCACAUCAGAGGAGAACAAACAGCAAGAGGACAGUAAAGAGGAGACUAAACAAAACACCGACGUUACAGAAAAGAAGUCAGAGGGAGAGAAGCCCGGGGAGGACAAGGAGAAAGAAAAGAGGGAUGAAAUGCGAACAUCUUCAGAGGCAACAGAAGCCAGGGAAAAAACCGAGGCGUCUGACCUGAAGAGAGAGGUCAAAGGUGAAAGGGAUGCUGGGAAAGAGAUCAAAGCAUCCAAGGAGGAGACGACAAAGGGUAAUGGGAAGCCUCAGACCGAGCGGCCGCGCUUCAUGUUCAACAUCGCAGACGGCGGCUUCACAGAGCUGCACACUCUCUGGCAGAACGAGGAGCGGGCUGCCAUCUCCUCGGGUAAGAUGAACGAGAUCUGGCACCGUCGACACGACUUCUGGCUGCUGGCGGGAAUCGUGGUACACGGCUACGCUCGUUGGCAGGACAUCCAGAACGAUCCACAGUUCGCAAUCGUCAAUGAGCCGUUCAAGUCGCAGGCAAAUAAAGGAAACUUCUUGGAAAUGAAAAACAAGUUUUUGGCUCGGCGUUUUAAGCUGCUGGAGCAGGCGCUGGUGAUCGAGGAGCAGUUGCGGCGGGCGGCUUACCUAAACAUGACCCAGGACCCGAGCCACCCGGCCAUGGCGCUCAACGCUCGCUUCGCUGAGGUGGAGUGCCUGGCGGAGUCGCACCAGCACCUCAGCAAGGAGUCGCUGGCUGGGAACAAGCCAGCCAACGCUGUUCUGCACAAAGUGUUGAACCAGCUGGAGGAGCUGCUGAGCGACAUGAAGGCCGACGUGACCCGGCUGCCCGCCACGCUGUCCCGAGUCCCGCCCAUCGCCGCCCGCCUGCAGAUGUCGGAGCGGAGCAUCCUCAGCCGGCUCGCCAGCAAGGGCACUGAGACGCACACGUCCCCGCCCAUACCGCCGGGACCCUACGCCACCCCUCAGAACUACGGCGCGCCUUUCACCCCGGCCCCGCCGAGCGCCCUGCACAUAGGAGGAGCCAACUACAGCCAGAUGCCGCCGGGAUCCUUCAUAUCAGAAGCCGCCGCCGCUGCCGCUGCUGCUGGGGCCACCUGGGGUGCCGCUGGUGGAGCCACAGGGGGGUCAACUGCCGCCGGGGUUUUCCAGAAGACCAAGGAGCACGACGUGAUGCAGCGGCAGCGAGUGGUGGACCUCUGGAAAGACGGCAAGUCAGAGGGAGCUAUCGGACUGGAGCUGAGGAUGCCCAAGUCCACGGUUCACAGCAUCAUUGUCAAGUAUCGGCUUAGCAACACGGUGGAGAACCUGCCGCGUAACGGGCGACCAAAAAAGCCUUGACGGAAGGCGAGGGAGAGGAUCCUGGAAUGUAGCAAAACUGAUGAAACAGAAAAAAAAACAACUGGAUUUUAAAACCAAGAACAAAUAAGACGAAGCUCCAAAGAAGACUUGAUAACAAAGCACUUACGCACUGCUGGAAUGUGAGGUAUAUAAAGAUGGAAGAACAAUCUCAAAAUGCAGAAAUUGAAGGUUUGAAACGCAAAAUAAAAAAGCAGUGGCAGCACUUUGACCCACAAAAGAAAGCAGGCAAUCAACUGCUUAAAGAGUGGACCAAAAAUAAACAGGGAGAAAUGAAGGGUGCUGCUGACGGGGGAAAAAAAAAAAGCUUAAAAACAAAUCUGUCUGGAAUGAAAGCAGGAGGACAAAAAAGGAGAGAAUGUUAAUGCAAUCAAAGGUUUUUUAGAAAAAUGCAGCAAAAAGUUAGGGUUUUUUUUUAGAUCUUCUCAUACAGAUUUCUUGAGACUUCUUUUUCUGUUUUUCCCUUUGAGCCAAAAGAUUUCCCUCCGGAUCCAUCCUUCAUCUGCAGGCUGACUGAACAAGCCGGUUCCCUCGAUCUGACCCUGUACUCCCUCAUUCCUCUACAGUCCUCUCGUCCUCCACACACACACACGCGCACUCCCCCCGCCCCCCCACCCCCCCACACACAUAUAAAAAUACAAACACUUUGGAUAUCUCAAACAACCUGAAAACCUGUAAAGAACUUUGCUAAUCUCCUUGAAUGCAGAAAGAUGAAAUCCAAACUCAAAAUAGAGAACGAAAAACUGGGCCAAGUUCAUCUUGCUGAGAAAGUUCAAAAAGAAAGCAAUAGGAGAAAAGGUUUUAAAUCACUUCACCCCGUGGAUCGUCUUGUUUUAGGAUCCCUAAAGUCAACCAAGCAUAAAUCCAAAAGCCACAGAUUUGGAGAGCUGAUUUGUUGUCUUUUCAACAGAAUCAGUAGCAGCUACCCUAACCUGAUAGACUGCCAACAAAAUAUGUACUGUAACGCAAGUGGAACAAUAUUACUUGGUCCUGCACCUUCUUUUUAAUGGGAGAUUGUCUCCUAGCUGGGGAUACCACUCUGUCGAAGUAUCCACAUUUCCUGUUUUUAGACCUCAUGACUACAGAAAGCACUAUUUAUGAGCCGCUCUUCCUCAUAGAUGAAGUCUGUAAUCUGUCACUGAAAGAAAAAGGGAGAUUCGCUUUGAAGCCCGAAGAGACAUUUUUGUUCCUCGAGCUACUUUAUUGUGACAGCGUGAUGGAUUCCUCGCGGUGGAAAAUGUCCCCUGGUCCCAGAGAAAAUAAAACACUCCUGUCUGCAUUAUCGCUUUUUCCGAACGCAGUGUGUGUGCAGCAAAGAUGUGCCUAGCCUCUUAUCAUGAGGAGAACAGCACUAUCCCUCUGCUGUGUUUCUGGACGGAGCAAAAUUCAAAUUUUGGUUAAGAGCUGUGCGACUGUUAUGACGCUAAAUUUGAGUGGCAUUUCACUUUAAUUUUAAAGGUUUGUGUGUGGCCUGCAAUAAGUAUACAUGGUAUUUGUUCACAUUUGCAAGUGUUACGUCCUUGUAAAUGUGUGCAUUUGUGCAUGGUAAUUUAGGGAUUUUUUUUUUUAUAAACGCUAGUUCGUCUUUGUAUUUUUAAAUCAUGGUGCCAAGGAAUCUUUCCCAGUUCAUAUUUUUAUGUAAAAUACUUUUCCAGUGCGAAGUUUUUCUUUUUCCCACAUCAGAUUUAGCCAAAGAAAUAUAUUUACCACACCAAAUUGGGAUAAGAGACAGUGGAUAAUGGGAUAAGUACAAGAACGCAUUAAAACAGAGGUAAAAGGAAAGAACGUUGCACUGUAGCUUAGUGGAGUGUCAGGAAUCAAGACUGAAAUACCCUUAAUAUGUAAACAACCCUUAGUAAAUAAAAACAAGUUGUAAUUAAGAACUUUGACAUCUUAACCAGUGUAGAAGAGCAGAAUAUCUUCCUUCUUCUCGUUAGCUGACCAGAAACAAGAACUGUUGUUGCUUGAAAAUGCUAGCCAGAAAUGGCUAACUACGGCCAUUUAUGAUAUUGACCCCACGUCACAGUAAAUGAAAAUGGAAAAUUUUCUAAUGCUUUUGUGCCAAAAAAAGGUACUAUUUGAAUAAACUUUAUAUAGACUCGAGCAAACGCAUUGACAUCCUUUACUUCUCUCCUCACAAUUUUAUCCAGUUAAAUUUGAACAAAACCAAACUGUGACUUAAAACCUUAAUAGAAUAAGUAGAAUCUUAAAACAUUAAAACUGAUUUCAAAGACAUCGUUUGGUUAGUAAUAAACAGUAGUGAGUGCUUGCCUCAGUACUAGGCGCCGAGUCUGCACAUACCUGGAUGAUCAAAAACAGUAACUGUAAUUAUUAAGAAAACCUUUGGCUACAUCAUAAUAUAAUCUGGAUAAGUGCUGCACAACAUAGUUUGAAGUUAUUGUAAUGGAUAGUUAGAUUACUCAUCAUCUGGGGUGCACGUUUGCUAUGAACAAAACAACAAAAAAAUAUCCAUGAUUAAUGGUUGUAAAAAGAGAAGGCAAUAAUUCUUUAUUUUCCCUUUCAUUCUGGUUUUCAGUUCUAAGCUGUUACAGUUUGGUGAUGUUCAGGACCAGAUAAAAUAAAGCACAUGUACAUCAACGUACAAUGGUGCAUCAACCUGCAGUCGUUGAACGAUUGCAUGCUUUUACCCGCAUCCCCUCGACAUCUCGGACAUAUGCUAAGCUGUUUCUAGCCGAGGAUUCGUUGACGUGCUUUUUUCUUUUCGGUUGGACAUUCAUUCUGAAACCAGCAACAGAGUACUUUAAAAUGGCUGAUAGGUUGACAAUUUCAAGACAUACGUUUGUUCCUGAUUAAAGGUUUUGCCUGAGAUGCACUCAUGCGAGGCUUUAUAGAAGCAAAUAUAAUGCUUUUCCUGUCAAGAAGGCAGCAUUCCCUCGAUCAGCAUCUACAGGGGAGAGACGCACCAAGACUUUGGCCAGGCUUUUUUAAUAGCUGGUUUGAACUUUAGAUGAUCCAUCAAACGUAGUUUAAAGUUUCGGGUCUUUCAGAGUUGACUAAUGGCUAUGCUUGGAGUUUAAAAGCUCUUAGAGAUGUGUUCUCUUUCUUAAUGUUGGGUUUGUCUUACCUUUACUUUAACUCUCACUGCCAACUUAAUUUGGGGUAAGAAAACAUUAACCUGCUGCUACAAGGAAGCGAAAGUACCAUGCUAAUGUUAACCAAACAGCAGUUGUACACCUUGAAGUCAUAAGGGGAAUCUGCUUUGGUUUAUUUUCAUAACUUGUUUGCGUUUGGUGACCCUAGUAUGGUGACCAUGACAAUGACAAAAUUGGGGUUUUGUACACCCCUUGUGCACUGAGUCCAGAUAAAGGAAAAGCUAAACAGUCGACUUGUGUUCCUGUGGUUAUGGGACUUCUGUAUUUGUACGCACCUUUCACACACAGGCCCAGCAACCUAGAGAUGCCCGGCCUGCCUCAGUAUAAGUAUAUAGCCAUUUGACAGGCUUUGUAAGUAUUUUGUAAAGAAUCGUACAAAUGUAGGUAAUUCCAUCAGCAUAAAUACUCCUAAUAAUAAACACUCCUCAUAUACAAAAACUGCAUAGUGGAAGUGAGCAAAUUUCUGACUAAAACAUGCCCACAGUCUUCUGCCCAAUCACACAGCACAUCGCACAGAGCCCUGAGCGAAGUAGCUUGGCCUUCGCCCGGUGUCCAGAAGGGGAAGGUUGACACAAUUUUUGUCUCGCGACUAAGUUGAUGAGAGCUAAUUUCGACACGUUGUACUGGAGAUCAUUUAAUCAGAUUAUGUUCUGCCAUCAUCUAAAGUCCUGUGUUGGUGUUACUGAUCGUUUGCUGUCAUACACUGUAACCGGAAUGAUUGCUCUCACCCUAACACAAGAAGCCUAGUGGCUCAAAUGAGUUGUGGUGUGCCACAGGCAUCAGUCCUUGGUCCCCUUCUGUUUUCCAGUUAUAUGCUACCUCUUGGAUACUGUUUUUUGAGUCCUAGCCACAAAGUUCUUACCUCCACCAGCUAAAUAUAUUCAGGCGCUUUUAGUGAUAAAUUAUAUCCUUGACUUCUAUUUUAACAAUGUUAAGAUAGAACAAUUUUAUUAUCUGUCUAAAACCCUUCUGUGGAUAGACAAUCUUAAUCGCUUUUUGAGCAUUCCUGAUUUCUAGACUGAUCUGUUUUCAGUUAAGUAUCAGUUUUUCCUCUUUGUUCUAUAUUUUUAUUGUCUCUUUGUUCCACAUCUCUGGCUCUAAAGCAUUUUUUCCUGUUGUGCACCCUUUGUUAUGUUCCCAGUCUUUACCUUGAUUUUUUUCAGUCUCUUAUCAGAUUUUGCCUGCUCCUACCAUGCUCUUGCACACAGUUAUUUCUCUCUGUCUCCUCUCUUGGCCUCUGCUGGAAAAAUACCAGUACGUUUUCCCAUAACUGGUCCCCUCUCACAGUUUCACCUUUUUUUCUUCCCUCCAACAUCAUCAGCUCAAUACGCAGCUUAUCGCAUCUUUGAUCAGCAAGCCAGUGUUACGACUGUUUAUCUUUCCCCGUGGUGCAAGUGAAAGCCGUCCUGCGUUGGUCUAUUCCUGGCUUUUUGUUUUGAAACGAGCUCUAAAAAUGCCUCCAGAACGCUUUCAUGAAAACCCACCAGUGUGGGAAACACAGACCAUGUGCUGGUCAGGUGUGUGUCAUGCAGAAAGGUGUUAGUUUUCAUCUGUGUGUGUUUCUGUAUCCUUAUGUGCCUGCGCAUAAAAAAAAGAUGUUUACUCAUUGCUGGCCUCGCUUUCUUUCAGUCAACAGUUACACAUUUCUAAGUUUUGCCCUUAUUGCAAACACGAAUCAUGAUACUGUAUAUAUUAUUGAUGUACUGUAAUAUGCAAGUUUUUAAAAAAAUAAAAACCAUAGUAAUGUA